UAACAUCUUAGCAUCUUAUUAACAUCUGUCUGGUGUAAUUAAUCUAAAUAAUGUGAAAUGAACUUUUUCAUAAUAUUCUAAUUUACUGAAUAUAACUGCUAUACAGCAGCCUGAAACGUUGCUCCUUUUAACUAUGAAAAACUGUGCUGACAUGUUUUAUUUGACUCCAGGCCUCUUUCCUUUUUUAUAUAUAUAUAUAUAUUUUUUUAUUUUUACAGCUGGGCCAGAUGGUUUCAGACCUCAUGUUUUAUCCUGAAGCAGGGAAACGACCCACAUUUCCUUAAUGUGACACUGAGAAAACAUCCUCUCAUUUGUGGAGUGAUCCUACGGUAGAAUGGUAAUAAGUUGACCCCAUUUUCAACAGCAGGGAAACAACACUACAGACAGACGUGCAGGAUUAAAACAAGGGUUUGGGGUUUUCCAACAUAAUAAAACACAAUUUUAAAACAGCUUUAAAGCAUUGAAAAAAAAAAGAGAAAAAACAAGGCAUACUGUAUCUCAAAACUAGUUUUGAGAUAGAUAGAGGUGCCCUAGUUUUGCCUGAAUGAUUAUUCUAAGGUCAUUCAGAUUUUACAACUUUACUACAACUUUGCACCUCCAGAUUUUAGUUUUUGAGAAAGACAGAGAACUUUUUAACUAGUUUUUGCCAGCAUAAGUGAGCACAGCUUAAACUAUUAGAGCUUAAACUCCAGUCUACUGGAGGUGAUUUUAAACCAACAUGGAGCGUUAUUGUGAAGUGAAAUAAAAAUAAUACCUGUUUUAGUGUGUUUGUAAAAGUAAAAUAAAAAUGUGUGAUGUGUAUUUUUAUUGUUCGGUGGACCAGUAGGAUCAACAAAAUUCAAAAAGCGACAACUCACCAACAAGCCACAAUGCAACAAUAAAACGUCACGACUCGGCAACCAAAAAUUGCAACCCAACAACCAAAAGCCACAAAAUACAAACAGAAGCUGUAGUGUUUGGAUUUUAGGCACAAUCAUCAUGUAACAUGUUCUAAAAAAAAUCUAUAAUUUUCCUAACAUUAUAUGUAAUAGUGAACUAAAUUACAUAAAGGACCUUGCUUUUAUCCAGUUCCAUGCAGUGAAUGCAGAAUAAUUUAAGUGUACAGACAAAACGAAACGAUAAAUAAAUGGUAAUCCUGUCUGUUAUUUAGCCGUCUCUUAAUAUGAAGCAGCACAUUUUGCCGAUGUUGUGCUUUUGUUCCGCUGCCCGUCUUGUAAACACAAGCAAUCGUCCUGCUGUCCUGGGAACAACUCUGCUUCAUCUAUAUGUAGCCCGAGUUAAUCCCUAAGACGUGUGCUGCUGAUAUCCCUGACCGCUCAGCAGUGAACGUCCUGCAGAGCGAGAGGAGCUUCAGCCCCAGUCAACAUGCAGAUUCACAGAAACAGCCGUGGAAACAGGACGGCUCCAGUCUCGCAGUGAUGCAUCCUCUGCCCGUCCCACUGAACCAUUCAACUGUAAACAAGGCAGCAUCGUCAGGGAAACCAUGAGCUCGGACAGCGUCUUCAAACCGGAGAUGGAGUCGGACCCUCAGGGCGAGCUUGCCGACAUGGUGGCGUCUAUGAACACCACCGCCAACCGCCUGACCCCUCCUAACGGCUACAGGUCAGGAGCGCCCAGGUCUACCGUGGGCCAAAAGGCCCGUCUCACAGACAGGAAGAUGUCUCUGCAGGAGAGGGGGAGCCGCGUGGCCCGGCAGCCCACCAUCGAGACCAAGCGGGUUUCCAUCACUGAUGCUGACGACUGUCUCCAGCUCAACCAGUAUAAACUGAAGAAAGAGAUUGGAAAGGGCUCUUAUGGAGUGGUGAAACUAGCCUAUAAUGAAGAUUCUGAACAGUACUACGCAAUGAAGGUAGUGUCAAAGAAGAAGCUGAUGAGGCUGUGUGGAUUUUUGCGUCGCCCGCCUCCUCAGGGGUCAAACUCUCAGCAGGAUCUGUUCCCCAAAUUCAUGCAGCCUCUGGAGAGAGUGUACAGAGAGAUCGCCAUCCUCAAGAAGCUGGACCAUCCGAACGUAGUUAAACUGGUAGAGGUGCUUGAUGACCCUGAUGAAGAUGGACUUCACAUGGCCUUCGAACUAAUGAAAGAGGGGCAGGUGAUAGAGGUGCCCACAGACAACCCGUUGACCGAGGACCAGGCUCGCUUCUACUUCAGAGACGUCGUCCUGGGAAUAGAGUACUUGCACUACCAUAAGAUCAUCCACCGAGACAUCAAACCCUCCAACCUCCUGCUGGGGGACGACGGUCACGUCAAGAUCGCAGACUUUGGCGUCAGUAACGAGUUUGAGGGCCACGACGCCCUCCUGUCCAGCACGGCGGGGACGCCGGCCUUCAUGGCUCCUGAGAUGAUGAGCGAGCUCCAGCAGAGCUUCAGCGGGAAGGCGUUGGACGUGUGGGCGAUGGGGGUCACGCUGUACUGCUUUGUCUUCGGGGAGUGCCCAUUUUAUGAUGAGUACAUCUAUUCUUUGCACAACAAGAUCAAGAACAAACCUGUGGAGUUUCCAGAAACCCCUUCAAUAAGCAAUGCGUUGAGGGAUCUCAUUGAAAGAAUGCUGGAUAAAAACCCUGCAACCAGAAUCACCAUCCCUGAAAUAAAGCUCCAUCCGUGGGUGACGGAGAACGGCUCCAGUCCUCUCCCUCUGGAGGAGGAGCACUGCAAGGCGGUGGAGGUCACCGACGAGGAGGUGCAGAACAGCGUGAAGCUCAUCCCCAGCCUGUCCGCUGUGAUUCUGGUGAAGUCCAUGCUGAGGAAGCGCUCUUUCAGUAAUCCCUUUGAGUGUCAGGGCAGACGGGCAGAGAGGUCCAUGUCUGCCCCCGGAGGUCUUCUUACGGGACUUUUGGGCUUACUGGGGUCUUCGUCUCAUCCGUCUUCGAGGAAAAUCAGCAGAGAAGGGAGCAGAGAAGGAGAGCUGGAGGACUUGUACGAGGACGAAUCCUUCAUCGAGAGCAACGAUUAAAGUGACGCGUUUAGAUUAAAGCAGCAGGGAGGCGGAAAAGAUGAGUUUUUGCACCUUUCUUUUCUCCGUUUUCAUUUCCUCGCAUUUCCUCUUGUUCCGUUCUCGCUGUGCUCACCUGCCGACUGUUCUUUUCCACCUCUGUGCAGAGGACCUUGAGAUUAUAUUAGUUUUGAACUAAAACACUAGUUGUGAUGUCAUUCUGUCCACUGUGCUUGUUUGCUGUUGUUUUUCUGUUCCACCUGGCUUGUAUGUCACUUUUAUGGAUAGAGUCAAAAUGUAAAUAUCAUCCAAAAAAGCAUUUUUAUGUUUUCCUACAGCAUCUUAAAAAAAAUAAAAAAUAAAAGUCAUUAUAUUCAAGCAGGGUUUGAAUAUUUGGUUGUGUGUAAAUGCAGCAGCCAAAACUGUAAUGUUUAAUAUCGAACACCAGGAGGCAACAUUUUGUAACUUUUGUUAUUUAUGACAUAUUUUUCAUUUUGUAUCUUUUCUUAAAGGAUUCUAAUAUUUAAAGUCACUGAUUUUCUAAAGCAUAAAUGUAUAUAAAACAGCAAGCAUCUGCUCUCCUGAAGUUCCUUAGAGCAAGAAAUUCCAGGGUUUCCUGUUAGAAAAAUGCAAAAUUAUAAUGAGAUUAUUUCCCCAAGUAACUUCAUAAUUAUCUUCAACUUUAAAAUCAACAAUCUGUUAGGAGGAAAACAAAGAAAAAGGUGAAAUUAUUUAGCAUAAAAGUCCACUUCUGGAAGCGAAAGCUUUGUUGAAACACAUUUUGAUUAAACUCCAGCAGUAAACCCUCCUGGGUGCAAACCCAACUUCAAUUAUGGUUAAUCUUGUUAAACAAAGUUCAGCUAUCCUUGUAGGAUUCUCUUGACAUUUCUACAUUUAAAGCCUUCAGCUGCAGCCAGACUAUGCAGAAAGAUUUUGAAAAAGUGUAUUUCAAAAAUGAUCUCAUUCUGCAAAGGUAUCUGUCAGGAGAAGGACAGUUUCUUCACAAAUUACAAAAAGCAAAAACUUGUGAGAAAUCUGUUAAGAAGGAGCGCUGAAAAUGGUGCCGGGAUGUUUGCUGAGUACCGGGCCCAACUUGUGACAUUAGUCUUCUACAUUUUCCAUAUUUUUGGACAAACAAAUACAUUUGAAUAUGCAAAACAAAGCGUUUUACUCCAAAUAAAACAUAUAGUUUUGUCUAGAAUGACAUGGUCUGACGGAACCAAGUUGGAAAUUUUGGGCCAAGAUUAAAUUUGCCUGAAAUAUACCAGUGCAUCACCAACAGGAACACUAUUAUACCCAGAGUGAAACGAGGUGUUGGCAGCAUCACGCUCUGAGUUUAGAAAACUCAGGAUGGAGGAGAGAUUGAUUUAGCCUUUUUGUUCAAACCCAAAUCCGCUUCACUAGAUAACCAGUGAAGGUUUGGAAAGGCCAAGCGAGAGUCCAGAACUAAAAGUCAGAAAACCUCUUCAGGUUCACCUGAAUAGCAAUCUGAGAGAUUUGGAGAGUUUUUGUAAGAUAGAGUGAAAUUAAAUGUUUCCUAUGAAUAUUAUUCCAAAAGUCGGUUCAACAAAUAAUUUCUUUAAAGGUGUGCACGUUUAUUUAAACAAGUUAUUGCAGCAUUUUCUUCACAUCGCAUUAAAAGCCUUAAAGUCAUUUAUUAUUUUUAUUUAUUUUUAGGUUAGAAACGGAGUCAGGUGUUGCAUGAAUGCCGCUCUGGGCAUCCAAACGUUUCAUACACAGCUUUCCACUAAAAAGCCACAUCAGUAGAGUCCAGUCUUAAAAUAAAAAGGUAUUUUUUAUUUCAUCUGGUACUUUUGUGUCGCCCAUUUCUAAUGCCACCCUGGGCAUCCGCCCAAGUUUCACAUAUAAAAAAGAAUCUUGACUUUUUAACGCUUUUGAAAGGUAUAUGUAUGAAAUACAAUAAACAAUAAACUCCUUUUUGUGAGCGUGUAGUUGAAAAUACAAAUUUUCAGUAAGUAAAAACUUGCAAAUGUUAAUACAUUAGCUUAUUGCAAGCAUAAACUGUAAUUUAUUAGUAGACAGAAAUACUGUAACUCUCUGUUCAGAGUUCUGCUGUCUGACCCAUUUAUAUAAAUCUAUUGUCACCAUCAAAGUAUCUUUGAUCUAAUGCACUUAUUCAUACUCCUUUGAUUAUCCUGCAAAAAUAGAUGCUUCAGCUCUGAGAACUGAGAGGAAGCAUGAUGCAGCAUUAUGUGAAAUCCUUUAGCAAGUAUUAUCCCAGCACAGUCUGUCCUGAUCAGCACUAAAAUCACAUUGAUCAUUGUGAGCUGAACUUCUGGAAAGUGCACUGGGAUUUUUUUUUUUUUCUAAGGUGGUGCAGUUUGUAUAAGAUUGUCUCUGAUGAGAAUAUAGUAUGUGGAAGUUAUAAAAAUAUUUCUGGUAUCACAGAAAUGAUUUAGUAAUCGUUCUAAAGGAUACGUACCCAAAUAUGUUAUUAAUAAAGAGAGAAAAGUUGUACCAGAUAUGAAAAACUGCUUUGGAGUGUUACAGGCAAGCACUAUGUAGCCACAAAGUAAAUGACACUUUAACAUUUGUUGAAUUUUUUAACAUUAGAUAUAGCCAAAAAAUGCUAAAACAUACCAAAAAUAAAUCCAUUCUGCUACAUGCUAACCAACAUAUAGCAUCAGCAUUAGCCAGUUAGGUUUUUAGCAAAAAAAAAAAAACAACAACUAAAAACUAGUACACCAAAAACAAUUCCUGCCACUCUGGGAGAAACACUUCAAUAAUUCUUAUUGAGACAACAAAAAUGUUUAAGUUUGUUUAGGUUAAGUUUGAGUACCUAGACGUCAAAGUUAGCCAUGACUUCCUCUGUAGGAAGAGGCAGGAUCGUUUAAUGCCUCUUAACACCUUGAUUAAACCCUGAACACUCAAACGAAUGCCCUUGUUUGAUUCUCUUUUUUCCCCGUAAUAUAAUAAUAAAGCUAAAUAACCAGUAAUUAAAUCAAAUAACAUUAAAUAAAGUAGCGCUACAUCGUUACAGUCAGGUAGAGAGAUUUAUAUUAGAGUUCAUUUAUACCCUUUUCAAAUCCUGUGUGUUUUUCUAACAUAUUUUGACAAAUGGGUGUUUAAUAUGACUUUUAUAUUGAACUCAAGUAAAGUAACCAAACAUUCAAAACUGAACAAAAAUAAUGCAGAACAACAAAAAAAACAAACAGACUCAUUUGUGAUGAGAAAUCAAUGGCGACGCACCUGCAUUAUUCCCACAUAAGUGAAUAAAAUUGCACAGCAUCAUAUUACUUUAGGAUCUUCACUAUCCUGUCUCGGCAUUUUGAAGCAAGUAUUUAAUACUUACACAUGUGACUCAAACACAAUUAUGUUUCUGUUGUUUAUGUGUGAUUAAAACACUCUCUUCAUUCAUCCAUUAUCUGAAUUAUCUCAAUUUUCUUUUUCCAGAAAUAAAAAAAAUGAGACAA